AUGUAUACUUCGUUCAAGUCCAAUUCCCAAAACCCUAAACACCAGAAACACGACCAUGAACAGCAUGAAACAACAGCGACCAAGAAAUUCAGCGAGAUAUCCCACUUCAGCCACAAACAACACAAGCUAACGUUCGAUUACUCCGAAUCCCCCUUCCAAUGUGACGGCUGCAAGGAACUGGGCAUAGGGUCACGCUACAACUGCUCCCUCUGCGACUUCGACCUCCACACUCACUGUUCCAUUCCUUCUCCUUCACUCUUCCACCCUUUCUACCCCAAAUGCUCCUUCCACUUCCUCUCUCACCCUCCCGGCGACACUCCCCGCUACUGCAACGCCUGCCAGAAGCCCGUCAAGGGCUUCCUCUACCACUGCUUCUCCUGUGGCUUCGACCUCCACCCCUGCUGCGCCAAGCUGCCCACGGUUAUUGGGAGCGACGGCAACAAUGGUGGUGGUGGUGAUGGUAAUGGAGUGAAGUUAUUCUUGUACCGGACGGUGCGGUCGGCGUGUCACCGGUGCGGGCAGAAGGGGCGGGGGUGGAGCUACAGGUCGUCGUGCAAGAGGUAUAACUUGCAUGUGGCGUGUGUGAGGGAGAUGGUGGUGGAGAGCUGGCAUGAGGGUGGGGGUUUGAAGAGUGUGGUUGAGAGUGGUUGCCAUAGGGGGAGAGGAGGGAAAGGUGGUAGGGUCAGGAGGUGUUGUGAGGUCGCCGGCGUGGCCCUGCAGGUGGUGGUGUCGGCGGUGCUUGGUGAUCCCACCGCUCUCAUCGCCGGGAUCGUUGGGUCGUUGGUCUCACGUGCUUGA